ACUGCUCUUCUGCUGCAGCAGAGGACGCAAAUUAACUUUCCCGUUGCGCUGCGGGAGAAUCGGGACCCGUGGGAUUGCGACCUCGUCACCUUUUGCGUCAACUUCCUCUGGACCGAGUUGGAGAAUCUGUGUCGCUUUCGCUUUCGUGCUUCGAAGAGACGGAGCGGCACCCCGCGCGGAUAGCGAAUGUUGUGAUGUCUGCGCGAGCUGAAAAGAGCCUGGCUUUGAGAGGUCAGGUGUGUGUGGAAACAGGGUUGGGGUUUAGGUGGAGGAAUGCUUCGUGAGAGUUGCUCACGGGGCGAGGACACCGACGGAGAUGUUGAUGGUUUCGGUGCUAAUUGGGCAGGGGGUGAGGAAUUAUGGGAAUUACUGCUGCGGAAGAAGAGCCGGAGUAGGAGGAUGUAGCUGAAUUUUGCAGCGAUGUAUUUUAUACGUUCUCUAGCACAAUCUCAUGGGAGAGCUGUUGCAUUGCCGGGAGGCAUUACCAUCCUCUUCGCACGUGCCUUUUGGAAGCAGCGCUUCUCUGAGUCGUGCGGCUUUCAGCAGGUCUUAUGACGUCAAAUUCCGGAGGCUAAGCGCCUUCAAUGCGCUCGGAACUGCGAGUUCCGGGCAGAGACUGCGUAGAAGUUUUGCUGGCGAGGAAAAUUGUCAGUCUUCAUGUGACGGCUGCACUUUUCACCGGUUUAGCGUUAGGAGUAGCACCUGGACCGCAGGCCUUCGCGGUCACUUUUCUCGGACAGGGGAUGACAGGGCAGCUAAAACUUAUGGUGGAUUCUGCACUGAUCAUCUAGCCAAGAGAAAUGAAUUUGAUCAUGGCAAGCUGAAUGGGACGGAUGGCAUUACGGAAAGUAAAGCCCUUUUCAGGGCCGGCCCUAGCACCCUCUGCUGCACAGGAAGAGAAGGCAUUUGUAGUCAGUUUUCUAAAUUCGACAUUCAUUGUUGUGGACGAAGGGUCCAUUCACACUCUUCCUAUUUUCUCAAUACCUUAACACCCUUACAGUCUAGUCUAGUGAGAAGUAGAAACGUGUAUUAUAGAGAUCCUACUAUUUUUUAUAGGAAGAGAAGCAGCCACAUUGUAAACGCAAAGUCCAAUUCUUGGUGGAAAGAUUUCUUGUUCAAACAACUGAACGACGAUGAUAUUGUUUAUGGGGAGGACGAAGAGGAUGAUGGUCCAGAUGGGCCUGAGGAUUUCGAGGAUGAAGCAGACUUUAUCUCGAACAUAAAUGGUGACAACGGAGAGAUAGAUCCCGAUCCCGACGAAGUUGAUCGUCUGUUAUCUGAUGAUCGCAAGUUCUUCUCGUGGCAGCAGAAACGGGAGGCAAUUGAUGAACUUCGAGAGUAUCAGGAGACGGAGCGAGACCCGGACAGCCGUGACUGGGAAGACUGGUUGGAUGAGAGCUGGAGUGAUCCGAUAACAGCUGGCAGGGGAAAGGAUGGUGGUUGGUAUACUCCCCAGUCUGAGUGGGAGAAGGAAGGUGUUCCUAGAGAUGCUCCGAAGAAACCAGAGCGUGGUAUGAAUAGAACUAUCAAAGAAUUGCUGCUACGAAUUUUUGAAAAUCAGGAGGAAGUUGAAGAUGAUCUCAAUUUUGAGGAGAGAGUGUUUCGGUUCACUUCCCAGUCAACGGCCAAAUUUGUAACCAUCUUAAUUUUGGUGCCAUGGGCAGUGGACUUUUUUGUGCACGAUUUUGUCAUGGUUCCCUUUCUGAGAAGGUGGGUUGAGGAGGUGCCACUUGCAGCAAAAGUAUUGGAUUUGAAGGAAUCACAAAAGUUACAUCUGAUUGAGGAGUUGAAACUGGAAAGGCAGCGGGUGCGGUUCGAAGCAGAAAUCGGCAAAGCGCCUCCUUUGACAGAUGAGGAACUUAAUGAGCACAUCCGCGAAGAAGCACUGGAGUUAAGGGAGGAAUUAAGAGAGGAGAACAGGCAAGCCUUCGGCAACCUAUGGUCGGACGCUCUAGCUGGUUUUACCGUUUUUCUACUCCUUGUUCUCAACCCAUCUCAGGUAGCAAUCAUGAGAACGACAGGAGAUCGCCUCUUCACAAAUAUUUCUGAUACGGGAAAAGCUUUUAUUAUCAUCCUUGGUACUGAUAUUUUCUUGGGGUACCAUUCUGAAUCCGGUUGGGAGACUGUCAUAGAGAUGUUACUGGAUCACUAUGGGCUUGAGGCUUCUCAGGCUUCAAUCUAUAUUUUUGUCGCUAUCGUUCCAGUUACGAUUGAUGCCUGCUUCAAGCUUUGGGUAUUUCGUUAUCUUACAAGACUCUCCCCUUCAGCAGCUGCCACUUUUAGGGAAAUGAAGCGACAUUAAGGAAAAAGAGGGUUUCAUUAGUAUGUGCCUCUCUCUGGAAAAGAACCUGCUCAUGACUCUGCUCAACGUGGGUAUUCAGUUUUGAGUGAUCACAGAGUCCUCCAAUAAAUAGGUUACUGUACUAGUAGAUAACCUGAAGGCCCUUUACACAGAGCACAACGCUCAACAACGGCAUUGAUGUUGGUUCCCCCAACAACUCUUGCUUCCAUGCAUCAACUCAGUCCCGAUAAAGUCUCGUUCCUUCACCCAAGGUAUAACAGGUGUUUUAGGUUACUUAAUCCUUUUUACACCUUGUAGAGGAACCACCUAUGAAAAGCAUUUUUAUCUUACUAUGUGUUCUCGUUGGAGGUACCUCUGCCGACAUUGAACACUUUACUACUCCCAGUAAUUGCCAUUCCAAAUUGUGGUCUAUCUUAUCACAAGAGUCACUAGUCUGAGAAACUAAUUCAUCAUGCAAGUCUGUUCAUUUCCUUCUAUAAGCGGAGAUGUUCGCUGAUAUCCUCGGGGAGAGUAAAUACAAACAUGCUUGUAAAUAGCGAGGACGUGAAUUCAAACCGAAACGAGCUAACUUCGUCCGUGCUAGCAGGGCCUGCAAACUAGCGGUAGGACCUAUGGUCCACGAACCAACGAGCGUAUCUGAAUUUGCAUUCUCCCGUCGCGAUGUCGCCACUCCCCAGCACAGUUGGCUAGCGCAAGUGCCGUUGUUGCUCAAGCGAUGGUUUCUCAGUCUGGUUUGUAUCUGCUCUUCUACCACGUGAGUCGCACAUGUCUUGAGAAAAGCUGUACAUC